AUGCGCGCUUCGCUCAAGCACGCUCUCGCCCUGCUGCCGGCCCUCGCCGCAGCCGCAGUGCUCCCGCCAACACACCGCCCACACCAACGCUCGUCUUCGCCCGAUGACGUGAAGCCUGUCGUGCUCGAGCUCGAUGCUCAAAACGCUCAGGCAACGUUCAGCGUACCGUGCCAAGGCUGCCUUGGCGCCUCCGAUGACGAAUCGCUCGUUUUCGACUUCCAAGUCUUUCCCUCGGACCAGCCGUGCGGCGAAGCAAACAUCACUCUGAAUGGCCACCAACUGAUCCAGGAGUGGAAUGGAAUUCGCGCUGAAGGCAACGGCUCCAUCUCGAGUGCUAACAAGGCCACUGCCGAACAUGAGCCUGACCACGACAUUGCCUUAUCUUGGGAAACUGCCUGUCUGUUUGAAUCUCUUUCGGAACCCGACGCGAGCGAAUACGGAGACGAUGUCGCUCAACUCUUGACCGUGAACAUCCAGAAGGUCGACGAUAAGGCUGUCCGCCAUUCUGCUGGUUUCUCCGUCUCCUUUAAGCAAGCCGCUCGCAAGGUUGAGCUCCUGAGGCUUGCCACCAACCCCGUCCCCCUCCCCGACGCUCUUGACGGCCAGGACUGGCGCGACCCGCCCGCCGAUCUUAGGCUUGUGUCUGUCGACUUCGAAGACCUCCCCGAGGGCUUCUUCCACCAAAGCGCAUCCAUUGAGGACGAGAUUGAGAUCCUCCGUGAGCUCGAGGCCGAGGAGAAGCGGAUACAGGAGCGCAUCCGUGAACAGAAAGACGUCAUCCAACGGCACAUGAGAGAUCAUGCACACUCGCUAAAGGACGAAUUGAAGACUUGCGACAACCUUUCUUGCAUCUUCGGUGCUUUCCUCCACAAGGCUCACGGCGCUGUACGCGUUAUUUACAUCCACCUGCGCCCCGGUCCACACCAUCACGACGAAGAUAUGGACCGCCCGCAUUUCCCUUACCACCACGGUCAUCACGACCAAGCUUUCGCUGAAAUCGACGCUGUUCACGGCCCGCCUCACCCUGGACCCCUCGCGAUGAAGUAUGAUCACCAUUCCCAUGGACCGCCGCCUUUCGGCGGGCCUGGAGGCUAUGGCCCGCCCCCUCCUCCACCACCUCCUCCCUUCGGUGGCCCGCACGGACAGGGUCCUCCUCCCCCUCCUCCGCCACCACCGCCGCAUGGUUUCGAUGGCCCGCCUCCGCCGCCUCCGCCGCCUCCUUUCGAUGGUCCAGGUGGCCGCGGACCGCCCCCUCCUCCUCCUCCGCCUCACCACCACCAUGGCCCCCGCCCCGUCCAUGGCGUUCUGAUGGCUUUCGCCUCUUUGACUGGUCUGGCCUGUAUUUUCAGCUUCAUCCGCCGCAACUGCUGCACCCUGCGCCAGCGCACCGAACGCCGUGCUACUCGCGAGGAGCGUCGCACCGCCAGGCAAUACCGUCGCCUUGCUCGCCGCCACGCCUGGAAGAAGUGGUGGAACGGAAGCGAGGAUGACUGGGACCGCAGGGCCGAUUACGAAGAAAAGAGAGCCCUGAUUCUGGACCAGGAGGAUAGGCUCGAGGAGGCCAUGCAGGAGGAAAUCAGAAACCUGAGGACUGCUCAUGAGCUUGCUCAUGACAUUGUCCAGGCUGAGCAGGGAAGAGCUUCUCCGGCUUCCCCUGGCCCAUCGACUUGUCCUUGUGUCAAUGCUCACGCCCACACUCACGUCCAUGCUCACCCUCAGAUUCACCAAUACCCGGCUCCUCACAUGCAGCCGAUGCCUCAACCUCAUCACAUGGCCCACGGAAUGUACACUCCGCCCCCGCCGCACAACAUGUCCCGUACCAGCAGCCUUCCUUCGUACAAGUCGGACCUUGGAAGCGUGGACACGGAUGAUGCUCCUCCGGCAUACGAAGAGGAUGCUGACAGCAGCGACAUUGUCGUCGAUGGGUUCCGCGAGUACACUCCUUCCGUCACUACCGUCUUCACUCCUGAAAGCAGCAUUCCGGACGUCUCUCCGCGCCCGAGCUUCGACACCAUGAGGGAGCCCGUGGAGCCCGACACUGCCGAGUCUGCUGGUUUGGACCGUGACAGGAAGAACUAA